AGAAACUACGCUUCCGACCAGUCUCGGGCGCAGAUUAGUCGUAAUCUCGGCGCAUUGCACUCUGCAGCCGUUUCCAACCACCCUUUCACCCCCCGUUAGCUCGAGACCUCACAACUACAAAGCUUUCCAAACCGUUACCUCCUCGCCGAACCAAGACGAACGUGUUAGACGCAUCUAAAUUCACGUAUACCAGAGGCUGCAUCGUUUCCAUCGUUGCGACACACAUACGCGCGCACGCGCACGCCACAUAUGCACACAGACAUUGUAUAUAUUUGUCGUCGUAUCGCCGCUUUGAUUAUUUCCUGGAGGCUUAAACCAGCUACGUCUACGUAUGGGUCCAGGUUACAACUCGCGGCGAAGAUUAAACACUUCUUGGUUUAUGACCUCAUAGCCGGUCCUUAGACUCGGUUUACUCGGUGGCUCAACAAGAUUUUCCGCGAUAGCUACCGCUUCCUUUUAUACGCCUGUUACUGAAAAUCGAUAGUCCUAGGUAAUCAUGGCUUGAUACUCGGUAAUAUCGUCUCGGUGAUGUAAUAGUAUAGUUAAAUCAGCGAUAGUUCUUUUCGAGGUGAUUAGUUUUUACACAAAAUAUGUCCAUCUUGGCGAAAAUAGGAUAAGAAACUAUGGUAACUAGUAUAAUAUUGAACAAACUAAAGGUUUACGUGGAUUCUAUCUGCAAAUGGUUUCGAUAGUUUGUUUGCUUCUUUCGUUAAAAUAGUUUUCUUAUAUUUUCACAAGUGUAUAAAAAAAUGAAAGGUGAUUUACAAGAUAAAAAAGAAAUUACAAAGACCGAGAAAACUAUUAACAUUAAAAAUCCAGUGAUUUUCGAUAGUAUUUGCAAGGAAGUUAUAUUACGAGAAAAAUUGUUUCGACGCAAUUGGUCCAGAAAGUACGAACAUUUGAUGGGUGGAUUUUUUAAGAAGGUGUUGAUCGAAGAAUGCAGAAAGAAGGGAUUUCCGGCGGACACUUUCGAACACAAACCGCCGGAAGAUGCGAUUAAGCGUUCACCGAUUCUUCUGAAACCAUCGCCAUCCAUUCCCAGAACGACAUCCGGUAUGAUAGGCUUACGAUCAUCUCAUCCGGAAUACAAUCUUGAGUUUACAGGUCGUUGGUAUAUUUCGCCAAAACAUACGAUUGAACCAUCCAUGAAACCUGGCGAAUUUCGCAUAGUACAACAAAAAUUCAUUUUUCUCGGUUAAAUAAACAAACAUUUGAGUACAAUAUGGAAUAUAUAUUUUGUACACAAAACAUUGUAUACCAUAAGAAAUGUAUCGAAAAAUAAAUUGUCCUGAUCUUGUGUAGCACAAGUAUUACGGCAUAAAAAUACA